GCUCUGUAGCAGUGAAUGCCUCCCUUGUAUUUGGGGGCCGUGCCCCAGGCCCCUCUCCCUGUGAAGUCCUCUGGGCUUUGUAUCACAAAGUGAAGACCUCAGGGCACAUGCUGGGGAACCUCUCAUUGGCUGAGAACAGCCUCACCUCUGAUGGGGCCGACCUGAUCACCCUGGCCUGGGAGACCAUCAGCAUCCACUUCACAGCCAUGACGCCCUUCCUGCCGCAGCUCCUCGUACCAGGUUCUGUUUCCUUCGUCCUGCUGGAAAGGCAGAUCCUCCAACAGGUCACACCUGUGGUGUCAGGAUUCUACAAGGCAAGUCCCCAGGAGAGGCCCCUGCUCCUCUUCAGCAAUGCGGACCAGUGGGUGGGUGUUUAUAUCGAAUACAAGUUCCAGACUCCCAUCGCUACCCACCUCCAAGGCCUGGCUAAUCACUUGGCCCAAAACAUAACAGAUCCCAUCCCCAGAAAUCCAGCAUCGUGGCCAAUGGGGAGAAGCCAGAGCUGGUGCUGUAUGAAGUUUGGCUGCAGAUCCUGGGCCAGCCCUACACCAAGGCCUUGGAGGACAAAACCAGCCCUGAGUUCUGGGCACUUCAGGGGCAGCUGACGAGAUGGGUGAAGUGGUGGGACGAAGUGGAGGGUCGGGAAAGAGGCCUCGGGAAGAUGGGGGAUGACUGGACAAGACUUUGGUAGAGCUGUGACCCUCUUCAUCCUCUCCUGAGCCCCCAGCUGACCUUCAUCCUCAGAUCUCUGCAGAACUUUGACCAAGUGGUGGUGGAGGAAUUCCGGUGGGUUCAGGGUGGCCCUGGGUGACCCAGGGAUCAGACCUGGGUUCUGGGGUUGAGGGCAGGAGGCUGGAAGAGAUGACCUCCCCUA